AAAUAGUAAAGUGAAAUGCGUUAGUACAACUGAUCAAUUACCAUGUGAACGUUGCACGAAAAUUGGCUUAAAAAUGGGUAGACCAACUAAGAAGACAGAUAACUAUGAUUGUUUUACAUUAUUCGCACAUGGAGUACCACUUAUAGAUGGCAAAACCGUUUGCGAAGACCUUGAUUUAGUUUAUUAUUCUGCAUUAACAAUUUCUGACAAUUUGAGGGGUUUAGAUCCUCGAAAUAGGAGGGCAUCAAUGAUAAACGCCGCUGACGAAGCUAUAAAAUCUCAAAAGCGUGAUUUAAGAACCCUAAUUGGUCUCAUAUACACUAUUCACGAUGAUUACGGUAGGAAUGACAUCACUUUGGCCCAAGAUCAUAUCCAAUACGCUUCCAGAGUGGCUCUAGAACUUGGAUUGAAUACUAAAACGCCAUUUCUCACUCCUGGUGAUCGUUUAAACUCGAUAUACGGCAGAAUAUGGUGGGAGUUAUAUAUUCUGGACGUAUUUCUUAACUUAAGUACAAGCGGUACUGUUACGCGUCAGUUUGAUUCAUAUAUGACCAUAUCAGUCGAUAUUGAUGAUGUCGCAUCUGAUAUAAAUCUCCAACAAGCGUACGAUAGUCGUAUCAAAGCGGUGUCGAUCCUGAACGAGUGCACAAAAGUCAAUGGUCGCUUAAAUUUCGAGAGAGUUAGCGCCCUCGACAAGAUCCUCGUCAAUCUUCUAACAGUUGCACGAUCGAACUAUCAUUCAGCUAUUGAUAAGACCAUCGAGGAGCUCAACUUUACUUCCAUUCUGAUUUUAUUGGCUGCACGGAUACAUCUGCAUAGACAGGCAUGGUUCUCUGACAUGACUUUCAACUUUCAAUCUUGUGCUUUCAAUCACAAAAUGAAGGAGAUGGAGAUGUUACUAGAUGAUGCAUUUGUGAUGCCUGCUUCCUGCAAUUUAGAAGAUAGUCUUUCUGGAAGCCUGACCGCUAUUCAUGAAUGCACUGAACAGAUGUUACAUUAUAUAAGGCUCGAUGAAACCCAUCAAACACAGCAAGGUAUACUGAUACCUCCACACUGGCCAUUUUAUAGUUGCUGUCAGCUUGUGGCGUCAUAUGGUCCAAUCCUAGAGAUCGCACUGCUCAACGCAAUCAGAGCGGGUGAGCAAGGUGCCUUGCAGAAUAUGACGAUGGAUCCGAGCAGUGUAUGGAAAACCCGAGUGGCUUUAAGCAAUGUUGAUCUGACUUACGCUACUCUCACGCGUUACAUGUCUGUGUGGAAAGUUGCACAAAUUUAUAGAGAAGAGGUGGCUGUUUGUCGAAAGAUCAUCGAUAGUUGCGAGACUGAUAUUUUUGGUAUAUAAGCUUAUUGAUGCAUAUUUACAAUUCACU